CAACCCCCAGCUGAGUGGAGGAGUUGAUGUGUCUCAUUAUAACAGCCAAUGCAGCCGCCAUCCACGCACAAGCAAAGAAGCAUGUCCCAUUUAAAUACACCCACGCAGCCCAAGCGCCCUUAGCUGAUCAGGGCGCGCAGCCCACACGCACCGCGGCUCCUGGCUUGGAGGUCCCGGCAGGUUGGGCUCCCGGACCCAGCGGAACAAGGAGCGGAGGAUCGCGAUCCGGCGCUGUGGAUAAGGGGUGGGCGGGGGAGGCUGGGCCCGGGGGCCUCUGGCGCGACACCCGCAUGAGGACGCGAGUGAAAUAGACCAAGGUGGAAUUUCCUAGGGAGAAGCUUCGGGGUGGUUUUGGUCCCUUUCUCCCGCAAAGAAGUAGACAUGGCGAGUGAUUCCCCGGCUCGCAGCCUGGAUGAAAUCGAUCUCUCGGCUCUGAGGGACCCUGCAGGGAUCUUUGAAUUGGUGGAACUUGUUGGAAAUGGAACAUAUGGACAAGUUUAUAAGGGUCGUCAUGUCAAAACAGGCCAGCUUGCCGCCAUUAAGGUUAUGGAUGUCACAGGGGAUGAAGAGGAAGAAAUCAAGCAAGAAAUUAACAUGUUGAAAAAAUAUUCUCAUCAUCGGAAUAUUGCUACAUAUUAUGGUGCUUUUAUUAAAAAGAACCCACCUGGCAUGGAUGACCAACUUUGGUUGGUGAUGGAGUUUUGUGGAGCCGGCUCUGUCACGGACCUGAUCAAGAACACGAAAGGUAACACGUUGAAGGAGGAGUGGAUCGCGUACAUCUGCAGAGAGAUCUUACGAGGGCUGAGUCACCUGCACCAGCAUAAAGUGAUUCAUCGAGAUAUUAAAGGGCAAAAUGUCUUGCUGACUGAAAAUGCAGAAGUUAAACUAGUGGACUUCGGAGUCAGUGCCCAGCUUGACCGAACCGUGGGCAGGAGGAAUACUUUCAUCGGCACUCCCUACUGGAUGGCUCCAGAAGUUAUUGCCUGUGAUGAAAACCCGGAUGCGACGUAUGAUUUCAAGAGUGACUUGUGGUCCCUGGGAAUCACCGCUAUCGAGAUGGCAGAAGGUGCUCCCCCUCUCUGUGACAUGCACCCAAUGAGAGCCCUCUUCCUCAUCCCCCGGAACCCAGCGCCUCGGCUGAAGUCUAAGAAGUGGUCAAAAAAAUUUCAGUCAUUUAUUGAGAGCUGCUUGGUAAAGAAUCACAGCCAGCGACCAGCGACAGAGCAACUGAUGAAGCAUCCAUUUAUCCGAGACCAGCCUAAUGAACGACAGGUCCGCAUUCAGCUCAAGGACCAUAUUGAUAGAACAAAGAAGAAACGAGGAGAGAAAGAUGAAACAGAGUACGAGUACAGUGGAAGUGAGGAAGAAGAGGAGGAGAAUGACUCAGGAGAGCCCAGCUCCAUUCUGAACCUGCCAGGGGAGUCGACACUGCGGCGAGACUUCCUGAGGCUGCAGCUGGCCAACAAGGAGCGGUCUGAGGCCCUGCGGCGGCAGCAGCUGGAGCAGCAGCAGCGGGAGAACGAGGAGCACAAGCGACAGCUGCUGGCAGAGCGCCAGAAGCGCAUAGAAGAGCAGAAGGAGCAGCGGCGGCGGCUGGAGGAGCAACAAAGGCGAGAGAAGGAGCUGCGGAAGCAGCAGGAACGGGAACAGCGCCGGCACUACGAGGAACAGAUGCGCCGGGAGGAGGAGAGGAGGCGUGCAGAGCAUGAGCAGGAGUACAUCAGGCGACAGUUAGAGGAGGAGCAGAGACAGUUAGAGAUCUUGCAGCAGCAGCUACUGCAUGAACAAGCUCUACUUCUGGAAUAUAAGCGCAAACAACUGGAAGAACAGAGACAAGCAGAAAGACUGCAGAGACAGCUAAAGCAAGAGAGAGACUACUUGGUUUCCCUUCAGCAUCAACGGCAGGAGCAGAGGCCUGUGGAGAAGAAGCCACUGUACCAUUACAAAGAGGGGAUGAGUCCUAGUGAGAAACCAGCAUGGGCCAAAGAGGUGGAAGAACGCUCCAGGCUCAACCGGCAGAGUUCACCUGCCAUGCCUCACAAGGUUGCCAACAGGAUAUCUGACCCCAACCUGCCCCCAAGGUCGGAGUCCUUCAGCAUCAGUGGGGUGCAGCCCGCUCGGACCCCGCCUAUGCUCAGACCAGUGGACCCACAGAUCCCACAUCUGGUAGCUGUAAAAUCCCAGGGACCUGCCCUGACCGCCUCCCAGUCAGUACACGAGCAGCCCACCAAGGGCCUGUCCGGGUUUCAGGAGGCUCUGAACGUGACCUCUCACCGCGUUGAGAUGCCGCGCCAGAACUCGGAUCCCACCUCGGAAAACCCUCCUCUCCCCACUCGCAUUGAGAAGUUUGACAGAAGCUCUUGGUUACGACAGGAAGAAGACAUUCCACCAAAGGUGCCUCAAAGAACAACUUCUAUAUCCCCCGCGUUAGCCAGAAAGAACUCUCCUGGAAACGGCAGUGCGCUGGGACCCAGGCUGGGAUCGCAGCCCAUCAGAGCAAGCAACCCUGACCUCCGGAGAACUGAGCCCGUCUUGGAGAGCCCCUUGCAGAGGACCAGCAGUGGCAGCUCCUCCAGCUCCAGCACCCCCAGCUCCCAGCCCAGCUCCCAAGGUGGCUCUCAGCCUGGAUCACAAGCAGGGUCCAGCGAACGGACCAGAGUGCGAGCCAACAGCAAGUCGGAAGGAUCACCUGUGCUUCCCCAUGAGCCUUCCAAGGCGAAGCCAGAGGAAUCCAGGGACAUAACCCGACCUAGUCGACCAGCUAGCUAUAAGAAAGCUAUAGAUGAGGAUCUGACGGCGUUAGCCAAAGAACUACGAGAACUCCGGAUUGAAGAAACAAACCGCCCACUGAAGAAAGUGACUGAUUACUCCUCCUCCAGCGAGGAGUCGGAAAGUAGUGAUGAAGAGGAGGAAGAUGGAGAGAGCGAGACCCAUGAUGGGACGGUGGCUGUCAGUGACAUUCCCAGACUGAUACCAACGGGCGCCCCCGGGGGCACGGAGCAGUACAACGUGGGAAUGGUCGGCACACACGGGCUGGAGACCUCGCACGCAGACGCGUUCAGUGGCAGUAUUUCAAGAGAAGGAACCUUGAUGAUAAGAGAGACAUCUGGAGAGAAGAAGCGAUCUGGCCACAGUGACAGCAAUGGCUUCGCCGGCCACAUCAACCUCCCGGACCUGGUGCAGCAGAGUCAUUCCCCGGCUGGAACCCCGACCGAGGGCCUGGGACGCGUCUCCACCCAUUCCCAGGAAAUGGACUCUGGGACUGAAUAUGGCAUGGGGAGCAGCACUAAAGCAUCCUUCACCCCCUUUGUGGACCCCAGAGUAUACCAGACAUCCCCCACUGAUGAAGAUGAAGAAGAUGAAGAAUCAUCAGCCACAGGAAUCCAAAGGUUUCCAGGGGCCCUAGGAAAAGCUGUUCAUCAGAGAUCUCCAAAUGUAGCACAUAUUUCUGAAGAUCAAUUUCUGGCUCUGUUUACUAGUGAACUUCUUAGGCAAGAGCAAGCCAAACUCAAUGAAGCAAGAAAGAUUUCAGUGGUAAACGUAAACCCAACCAACAUUCGGCCUCAUAGUGACACACCGGAAAUCAGAAAAUACAAGAAACGAUUCAAUUCAGAAAUACUUUGUGCAGCUCUGUGGGGUGUAAACCUCCUGGUGGGAACUGAAAAUGGCCUGAUGCUUUUGGACCGAAGUGGGCAAGGCAAAGUCUAUAAUCUGAUCAAUCGGAGGCGAUUUCAGCAGAUGGAUGUGCUCGAGGGACUGAAUGUCCUCGUGACAAUAUCAGGAAAGAAGAAUAAGCUACGAGUUUACUAUCUUUCAUGGUUAAGAAAUAGAAUACUACACAAUGACCCAGAAGUGGAAAAGAAACAAGGCUGGAUCACCGUUGGGGACUUGGAAGGCUGUAUACAUUACAAAGUGGUUAAAUAUGAAAGGAUCAAAUUCUUGGUGAUUGCCUUAAAGAAUGCCGUGGAGAUAUAUGCUUGGGCUCCGAAACCAUAUCAUAAGUUCAUGGCAUUUAAGUCUUUUGCAGAUCUUCAGCACAAGCCACUGCUUGUUGAUCUCACAGUAGAAGAAGGACAAAGAUUAAAGGUUAUUUUUGGUUCGCACACUGGUUUCCAUGUAAUUGAUGUUGAUUCAGGAAACUCUUAUGAUAUCUACAUACCAUCUCACAUUCAGGGCAAUAUCACUCCUCAUGCCAUUGUCAUCUUGCCUAAAACAGAUGGGAUGGAAAUGCUCGUUUGCUAUGAGGAUGAGGGGGUGUACGUGAACACCUACGGCCGGAUAACUAAGGAUGUGGUGCUCCAAUGGGGAGAAAUGCCCACGUCUGUGGCCUACAUUCAUUCCAAUCAGAUAAUGGGCUGGGGCGAGAAAGCUAUUGAGAUCCGGUCAGUGGAAACAGGACAUUUGGAUGGAGUAUUUAUGCAUAAGCGAGCUCAAAGGUUAAAGUUUCUAUGUGAAAGAAAUGAUAAGGUAUUUUUUGCAUCCGUGCGAUCUGGAGGAAGUAGCCAAGUGUUUUUCAUGACCCUCAACAGAAAUUCCAUGAUGAACUGGUAACAGAAGAGCACUUGGCACUUAUCUUCAUGGCGUUAUUUCUAAUUUAAAAGAACAUAACUCAUGUGGACUUAUGCCAGUCUAGAGGCAGAAUCAGAAGGCUUGGUUGAACAUACCACUUUCCCCUUUUCCUCUCCCUCCACCCAUCCCAAAACAGUCCAUCUUUCAAUGUUGCAGCCUGGUUGAGAAGGAGAGAAAAAGGUGGCAGGAAUUUCCAGGAGAUCCCCAAGAAUGCUGCGUUGCCUGUGGACAAAGAUGGACCAUGUGCCCUUCGGAGUUAGGGAUAGAAACAAAUAUUGUGUGCUCUUAUGAUUAAGCUGUGUUAUGGUGGAUUCUGAGUUUUGUUUUGUUUUUUACCUUUUUUCUUUACUCCCUUACUUUGUAAGAAUGGGGAGAGAAUGCAUACUGAGAAAAUUAGUCCAGUUUUAAUUGUCUGCCUGCUAGCUUUAAGUAUACAAUAUGUUGUAAAAUUUCCAAUUUCAAAUGGCGAGAGACAGCACAAUAAAUGUACCUUAUCUCCUUACACUGAAGGCCAUAACUGCAUAGUGGGGUAAUUUUAGAACUCUUUUGCCUUCACCAACCCAAAAGGUUGCUUUUUGGUAGCAACGGGCUAAUGAAUUUUUAAGAGAAAAAAAAUACUGUACUGUUUUCCCCUCUUUCGGGAAAUAGAUUUUAAAUGGCUAAACUACUAGCCUUAGACUAAUAAAAUCAACUGCCAUUUUUGAGUCUGACAGGCCCUAUUUUUAUACGGCCCUGCACAGAAUGGAGUGUGUCGAAUGGGACAGUUGUGUCAUUGAGUUGUGUUGGCUCCAGUAAGGAGGGUCCCGUAAGGCAGUUUUCCCUCAGCUAUUAUGCAAUGGGUCAGGGCAAAAGAUGGGAUGGCAGAUGAGGUCACACGGAGAGAGCAUCUGGGAAACAAGCUAGAAAAACCACACACACACACAUACAGUUUUAUAAAUGUACAAGGCCCUCCCAGCUAAGAGGUCACUGAGUUUGGGCUUCACUAGAAUGAGACUUUGUUGAGUUCUAACUGGGGAGUGAAUGACAUCCAGGCUCUGGUCAUUCCCAGCUUUCUCCUGACAAUGCCACUUUCUCAAGAUGAAAACCGCGACUGAAAAAAAAUAAUGAGAAAUGUUUCUGAGCUGCCUGCGUUCUCUUGGGUUGGUGAGAGAAGGGACUAGACUACUAUGCCUGCCCGAGACAGUAGGCCUCACUGGUUCAGAUUUUAUAGAACUCGAAAGCAAGGCUUUGGCCAAAAUUCUGAGAUCCUAAUCAUUUUACCUUCCUCCAAAUUACCCAACAUACGGUAAACAACAUUUGUGCAGAGAUACGUGUGUAUUUAGUUCAGGUCGACUCGUGUCCUUAUAAACUCUUACUCAGAUGAUUUGAACUUUUACGUGACUGUCUGGGAUUUUUUUUCCAAAGCUACAAGCAUGGCCGCCUGUGGUAUCGAGGUGUUGCGAACCGGUGUCUGUGUUGCGCUUCCUGUGUUAACCUACCUCGUUCCGUUUGUUUCGUUCACUGUUCAUCACAGCAGUGUUAUCUCCAGGAGACAUAUAGAGAGCUCAGCUGGCAAUCUCAGGUGUAGUUAAUAUUUUUUAAACAAAACCGUAGUUGACUAAAUCGUUCUCCUUGAAAAAUUUUUUAAAAAAUCCAACAACAGAAAUUAAUGUGGCUUGUUUCUGGAGAAAACAGCUACUGUAAACAGAUAAAAAAAAAAAUCUGGGAUCCUACUGGUUUUGCCUAAAUUCAUGAGCAGCUGAUGUACUAUUAAUGAGAACGAAAUACACAUUAGGGAAAUGGAGUCAUUUCAGUCUGGUGGUUGGGACAAGGAGGGAAGGGAAGGGGAAUUAUUCUGGUUUCUGAAGUAGAUGAGUAUGCCCCUUCUGUAAAGGUGGUUGUCAUUUGCAUUAUUUUAAUCAGGUAACACACAGGAAAGGAAUUGAGGAUUAUCUUCAGGCAAUCACCAAGAUGUCCUCAUCAUGGUCCCUUUAGCUCUCAAAAGCAAUGAAAUCCUCCCGUUCUCAUUAUUACUGCUGUGAUUCUGCUGCUGAACAAUAAAUACUAUCUUCACAAAUUCCAUGCAACAAAUUCAGCAAUAACUUUUUGGAUUGAAUUUAGCAACUACUAUCAUUGGAUUCGAAUGUGGGCAAAAUAUGUUGAUUUGGGUCUCCUCCCCAAAUGUGAUUGCCACCAGCUCUUUAUAUCGCUGCUGUGGUAUUUUAAACCAGAAGCUUCUUUAAAUUAUGUUGCAAACUGAUCUCUGUUUUUAUGUUAUGUUUUGUUUUUAUUUCUAAGUGAUAAGUUUGAAACACACAGCUUUAAAUGAUUUUUUUAUUGUGGGAUUUGGGGUACAGUUAAGAAAUAAAAGGGAAUCAUUGUGUUUAAACAUAAGGUAGUUUGUGAAUGUAUUUUUUAAAAUCUAGAUUCAUUGAAACAAAAACUCAUAAGAAAACAAUAUUAAUGCAGUCUUGUUUACAGUAUGUACAGUGACAUAACAUAGAACAUGAGCUUUUUCUGGUGCCAACAACAAUAAAACACAGACGUUAAACAUCAA